AUGCUGGGCAACUUCCGCAGCAAUGUUUGGGCACAGCUAAAGGCCAUCAAGCCCGCAUUUGUGUCCAAGAACCCUCAUUUCAACUUCAUCACCGCGCACUACUUUUGGAUCGUUGGCGCUACGAUAGUUGGCUCUAUAUGCAUCUACGCUGGCGGCACUGGCCAUCUGGCAUAUAUCGAUGCCCUACUUUUUGCCAGCGGCGCAAACACUCAGGCCGGCCUGAACCCGGUCGACGUGAACCUUCUUACCACCUUCCAACAAGUCGUUAUAUACGUUCUCGUCAUGCUGUCCAACCCAAUUACACUUCAUGGAUCUGUCGUUAUUCUGCGCAUCUACUGGUUCGAAAAGCGUUUUCAAGGAUGGGUGCGCGAGGUUCGCAGCCGGCGUCCCAACUUGACCAGGUCCAACUCCCAAGCUGUCAGCGAGACGCACCGGGCUGAGGCAGGCGUCAAUGGGCGUCAUAUUACAGUCGUCCCGGCCAACGGCACAUCUCAGCGAAUUACCAACGACGGUAUUCUCCUCGACAAUACCAACACUGCGCCUCUAGGUUCGCUGGCCCGUGCCAAUCUGGACAGUGAUACCACCGCCUCUGCAACAGAUAGCCCAUCUACCGCUACGCCCGGCAACUCCCAACAUACCCAAGAUAGUGAUGAUGGGAUACCAUCCACUCACGGUACUGCCACCCCGGUUGUCGGAUUGCAUGCUCGUGCCGAUAGCGUGGGAGAACACACGCACGGUCCUACCGCUAUUACUUUUGCCGAUACUGUCAAACGAAGCGAUGGGCUUGAAGAAAAUGCCAUCGAGUUUGCUCAGAGACGCUCAAAUGCACAGCAUAUUGCCAUCCUAGAACGCCAGCGCAAUGAAGACGACAAUGAGGUCCUUCGCAUUCCAGGCCCCCGUGACAUCGAGCGAGGGCAGGUUCCCACCCGCUUAGGGGAAUUCGAACGCGACGAGGCACUCGGUCCUCGGAUGUCUCGCAUCGCCAGCAAUCCUGGCGCGGGGCCACAGUCUGAAGGCCCGUAUCAGGGCAUUCGUGGCCGCCAACCAACCGUUACUAUUGCAGAGCCGGACCGACCACGUAGAGACGUAUCAGAUGAUGCCAAGGCAUUGACUGGCACUCUCAGUGCUUUUCGUUUCCGAAAACCACGUCUCUUCAAUAAAAGUGGACAAACCCCGCAUCAUGAGGAGGAUCCAGAUCAGCCGCCCAGACCUACACGAACUUGGACCCUAGAACGCAUUCGAUCUGCUCUUAAUCGUGAUUCCGCCAAGGUCGAAGACAUGCCAUAUCUCAGUUACACCCCUACCAUGGCCAGGAACUCAAAUUUCGUCGGCCUUACUCUUGAGCAACGGGAGGAGCUUGGUGGAAUUGAGUAUCGCUCCUUGCGAACGCUUGCUUUUGUUCUUCUUGGCUACUUUUGGGGCUUCCAGAUUUUCGGGCUUGUUACACUUUUGCCAUUUAUCAUGCACAAUGAGCACUAUGGCAAAAUUGUCGAAGAUGCUGGUAUCUCCAGAAUAUGGUGGGGCUUCUUUACGCCGAAUGUUAGCUUCAUGGACGUUGGCUUUACGUUGACGCCCGAUAGCAUGAUUUCCUUCGUUCGGUCUGAGUAUGUUUUGAUGAUCUCGUGUUUUCUGAUCAUUCUCGGAAAUACUGGCUUUCCGGUCAUGCUGCGCUUCAUCAUCUGGACGCUGACAAAGAUCAUCCCCAAACACUCGGGCCUUUGGGAGGAGCUCAAGUUCCUCCUGGACCAUCCCCGUCGAUGCUUCACACUUCUUUUCCCUUCAGGUCCAACCUGGUGGCUGUUUUGGAUUCUCAUCACGCUCAACGCCGUUGAUUUACUUUUCUUCAUCGUCUUGGAUUUGGGCAAGGAACCCAUUAGCUAUCUUCCUCUACACAACAGAGUUGUCGUCGGCCUGUUCCAAGCUGCCUCAACAAGGACUGCAGGCUUCUCGGCUGUCAAUUUAGCUGAUCUUCAGCCUGCCAUGCCUGUCCUGUACAUGAUUAUGAUGUACAUUUCCGUCUUCCCUAUUGCCAUCUCUAUUCGACGAACGAAUGUAUACGAGGAAAAGUCUCUAGGUGUAUACGACAAUCAUGAAGGAGCGGAAGAGGAAGCAAGCGCUCUGUCCUAUGUCGGUACCCACUUGCGCCGACAGCUUUCUUUCGAUUUGUGGUUUGUUUUCCUUGGAUUCUUCCUGCUCUGCAUCACAGAGGGCUCUAAAAUCCAAGCCGGGCGUUUUGAGGUAUUUCCUGUCUUAUUUGAGGCUGUCAGUGCCUAUGGUACCGUUGGAUUGAGCAUGGGUGCCACGGGUAUCAAUGCAUCUCUCUGCAGCCAGUUCUCCGUUGUUGGUAAGCUUAUCAUUGCUGCCCUACAAAUCCGAGGUCGUCAUCGAGGUCUGCCGUACGGUCUAGAUAAGGCUGUACUUCUUCCUACCGAGGCUCGCUUGAAGAAAGAAGCCGAAGAAUCUGAAGCAGUCUUGGCCCGCAUGAACACAGCGCCCACAGCGACAACCACUGGACUUCAGAGAUCACCGAGCGUUGCUCGCGGCCGCAGCAUGAGCCGAGGCAGAGAUUCGAACAUCAUUGCCAAAUUCUUGCACCCUGGUCCUGUGGUCCAACGCGAUGCCGGCCCUGCGCGACAGCGGAGCCGAUCCAACGAGUCUCGUGUGCUGGCUCUGGAGCGCAAUCAAACCUAUACUGAGCCACAAGCUGAGGCAGAAGACCAACUGGAGAGGCUGCCUAGUGGCGCAUCGUCCAAGCGAAUGCAGCCAAUGCGCGCCGAGACCGCGCCGACUACUCAACGUACUCCUUGGAGGCCAUAG